AAGUCUGAAAAUACCUGUGACAAACUACGUCUUUCACGUUCUCACCAGAGAAGGUAUACUAAAUGAGACUUUAGAUGGUAGCAGAUUUACUCCACUUCUUCGUUCUGAGGCGACUACAGGGAAUCGAUGUGCAGAAGUAUUUCAAGUACCUGAGAGUUACAUCUUUGCAGAGUCAUCGCAACCUAUGGGCUACUACUUCUAUGCCAUCAACACCAAAAACAACACACAAAUGAUUUACCAUUACCCAGGCAGACCCCCUUUUAACGUUUAUGGGGGGAAGCUACCGACGGGGUACAAGCCACCCAAUGAGCCGAAGGACAGAAUGACGACAGCCUCUACCUCAGCCAGGUCCGCCCCGCAGAACGCAUGGACUCUGGGCCAAGGGUCAGCACUUAUUGACCAACACGAACUGCUAUGCCCCGUGUACUACUACGGUGAGCAGUGCAGUGAAGUGUGUACGUGCGCCGGCAACAAGUGCCGUACCGACGGAUCGUGCUACACAACAGAAUGCCACAGAGGCUCAUUAGGGGACGGCUGCACCAGAACGGACUUGGUGAUGACCGGGGGAAUCUUCUCCCACAAAGUGUUGAUCGACAGCGACAGCAGCACCGGCGUGGGUCUAGCCGGGAAUACACUGACCCUGGUGCUAAAUGACCCUGGGCUCUCAAGAUCCUUCACACUCGAACUGGCGGAGGAUGGUGAAAACUUACGUGGCGGGGCAGCGGUGGGUGAUGCCGGAAGUGCUGCCAGGGGGAAUGAGUCAUCAGGCCCAAGUGCCGUGUACACGCUGGGCGUGGCGCCCGAUAAUGACCCCCAGCUCGCGGCCCAGCUGAGGGACGGGAACCGCUUUAACACCUGUAUCAAGGCAGACGAUCAGGCCGAGGCUGGAAUCGAGUUCCAAGACGAGUACACGCUGUACAAUAUGUUGAUCUCAACAACAGGGACGCCGUUGGUUGUCGUGGUGACGUGCACCAACUCUCUGGAUGAGGUCCUGGCAAAACAGAAGGUUCGAUACAAGAAGGGGAGCCGAUUCAUGCACCUAAACAUCAACAAAAAGGUCAAGAGGUGUAAAAUCCAAUCGGACAAUGGUCCUUUAGAACUAUGUGAGAUCGAUGUCUUUGGAGAUUCUCAUAUGAUGGUUAAUGCUGAAGACAUUGAGCUUAGUACAAGCGACGAUGAUUCGACCGCAGCGAGCACUUUUGCACUGGUCUCGAGUCUUGUUCUACUGUUCCUCUGUCUGCUGCUAAACGUAGUGGCAUUGUUAAAAACCCAUACCAAGUCGACACAAGAUCUAGCCCUUACCAGUGAAUAGAUGACCCACAAAAAGACCUGUAUUAUAACUUUAUAACUAACGUGGAAAACGCACCUUUGUGUUAUGGCGUAAUAUUUAUUUCUCAGCGUAUUGCUUUAUAUUCUUUAAAACAUUUUAAAGAAAAAAAACCACAUUAAAUGAUCAUAGUUUUUUUUUAUCUCAGACUUGAAUUAAGUUUGUUAUUUAUUGUAUUAAAAGAUG